AUGCCCAAUUACCACCUCCACGCUCCCCUCCGCUCCUCCACCACCACCUCAACCACCUUCUCCACUCAAUCCUUCACUUCAAGACUAAUCCUCCUCCUAACUCUCCUCCCUCUUUCUCUUGCAGCCUUAGCGUUUGUCCUCCAAUGGAAAGGCAAUUCAGGCUUCAUGAUGGACCCCACAACAGCCAAUUCUCGUUGGGCCCCACAAGGGUCUCACAUUCAAAACCAUGAGAUCUUCCCUGGCAUGGAAUCCUCAGUUUUAUCGCCUAAACCUCACAAAUCAUCUGACUGUUCUAGUCUUGGACGUAGCGGGGCACCUUCUUUUCCUUAUUUUCGUGAUUGGAAGUUUGAUUUUCAAGAUAACUUGAGGCCUAAGAUAUGUAUCACAACAAGUACUUCAGCUGGUUUAGAUCAGAUUCUACCGUGGAUGUUUUAUCAUAAGGUUAUGGGGGUGACAACAUUUUUCCUUUUUGUGGAAGGAAAGGCAGCAUCUCCUAAUGUGUCCAAAGUUUUGGAAUCCAUUCCUGAUGCAGGAAUGGACUGGAUACUUCAUCUUGACACUGAUGAACUGAUUCACCCUGCCGGUGCCCGUGAAUAUUCUUUGAGGCAGUUGCUGCUUGAUGUUCCUGGAAAUGUAGAUAUGGAGAGCAGUGUUGAACGAGAUGAUAUUGAGGAUCCUUUUGGUGAGGUAAAUCUCUUUAACUAUCCAUCCAGAGUUUUGCAGCUUGACUUGGAAUAUGAUGAAUUUAACGUGUCAAUGUUCAAGAAGAAUUAUGACCAUCUCCCAAAGGAUACGUACUUCGGAAUGUACAAGGAAUCUACUCGUGGGAAUCCAAAUUAUUUCUUAACUUAUGGAAAUGGGAAGUCAGCUGCUCGAGUACAAGAUCAUCUACGUCCUAAUGGUGCACACAGAUGGCACAACUAUAUGAAAACCCCAAAUGAGGUGAAAUUGGAAGAGGCUGCUGUUCUACAUUACACGUAUUCCAAAUUUUCUGACUUGACUUCUAGACGCGAUCGGUGUGGCUGCAAGCCUACUAAGGAAGAUGUCAAAAGAUGCUUUAUGUUGGAUUUUGACAGAUCUGCAUUCAUAAUUGCAUCAACUGCAACUGAGGAGGAAAUGCGAAACUGGUAUCAUGAACAUGUCGUGUGGGGUGACAAAGACUUGAAAUUGAAACUUCUGAGGAAGGGUGUUUUAACUCGCAUACAUUCUCCCAUGGCCAUAAUUCAGGGCUUAAGAGAGUCAGGUGUCUUCAGCUCAAUUAUUCAAUCUGCCCCAACAACACUUUCAAGGGACAAGUUUUUAGCAUCGGUCGAUAGUAGUAACACGUCAAGAGCAGUUUCCUCCGAAUCAAUGCAUUCAAGAAAGGCCAACAAAAGUGGAGAGAAGCAAGCAACGGCUAGGAAGGUUUUGGGUUUAGAAACUACUGCAUCUCAUGAAGCAGCUGUUCCACCUCUUUCUCCUCCAGGAUUGCCCGUGCAAGCAUGA